AACAAAACAUAUACAUAUUGAGGUUGUACAUAUAACCCUCUUUGCCAAUAAUUAGCAACACAUAUAUAAACAUAUAUAUAAUAUCUUCUCAUAUAACCAUGCCGAUUCAUUUAUUGUUGGACUCUGAUGACGAUACGCUGCCGGUGGGAAAGCCCUUUGGCCGUGAAAGGCCUAUAUAUGAUAUUCUUGGUAGAGGGAAAGCUGCGGAUGUGCUAUUGUGGAGGGACAAAACGGUAUCUGCUGCAAUUCUUGCAUCUGUUUCAAUAAUAUGGUUUCUUUUCGAGGUUGUUGAGUACAAUUUGGUGACCUUACUCUCUCACAUUAUCAUCACUACAAUGCUCGUAAUCUUCAUUUGGUCUAUGGGCGCACACGUUUUCAAAUGGACUCCUCCAAGAAUCCCAGACAUUAUCUUACACGAGUCGUCAUCUAGAGAAGUCGCUGCGAUUUGGCAUGCAAAAUUCAACAAGUUCUUGACCAAGUUCUUUGAUGUUGCAUGUGGAAAUGAUUUCAGACAAUUCAUUUUGGGAAUCUGUUCUCUGUGGAUACUUUCAGUGGCUGGAAACUACAUCAGCACCAUGAAUCUUUUGUUUUUCAGCUGUCUCUGCUUGGAAACACUACCAUAUCUGUAUGAACGAUAUGAAGAACAAGUCGAUCACCAUUUGAUCCAAUUGAACAAACAGAUGAGGAAGUCGUUCAAGAAGCUUGAUUCAGAAUUUCUCAGGAAAGUUCCAAGAGGACCAGUGAAAGAAAAGAAAGCCAAAUAAAACCGGACUACACAUACUUUGGAUGAAGCUUCAUUGUUAUUUUAUCGAACAUUCAUAAAUUUGAAUUACAGAAAAGCCUUCACAAAAUGAAGCUGCAAUCUGUUGUACAAAAUGAAAAAGUAGUUUGAAUGUUUCAAAAUCAAAAUAAAAGAGGAGGGUCGUGCUUAUGAAACAAAGAAAAAGUUUCCAAGUGUA